UUAUGACAAGGUAUGUAUUGCAAAUAUUACUGAUAUUUUUUUUAAUUAUUAUUUUAACAAAAUUAUUUGUUAUGCUCAGGUACAACGCUUAUAUCAAGCUAUGGAAAAUCAUUGGAAUACAUUUACAAAUGAAUUUGAAGUGCGUAUUCUUAAAGACUAUUCUAGUCAGUCACGAAAAAUUAUAAUAAUUUAUUCAAUUGUGAUGUAUUUAGCGAUAACAACGUAUAUAAUGCCUUCAUUUACACCAAUAUUACUCGAUAUUAUAUCGCCUUUGAAUGAAUCACGACCGCGAAUCUUCUCAAUGUCAUUCGAAUGGAGAAUAGAUAUGGACAAGUAUUACGUACCGAUAGUUUGUUACAAUACAAUUACACUUGUGACGGGUAUAAUUAUUUGUAUUGGUAUCGACAGUAUGUAUAUCACCCGUAUCUUUCACGCUUGUAGUUUAUUUUCGAUUGUCAGUCAACAAUUGGAGAUGAUGUCAAAACCGGAUAUCAAAAUAAAAAUGAGCCAAUACUGUGGAUGUUACAUAAACGAAAAUGUUAACAGAUACUGCAAGAAUGCAAUAUUUAAAUCGGCUAGCGAGCAUAUGAUAUACCAAGAAUACGUUAUAUGUUUAAAGAAAUAUCAGAUUGCUUUAGAGUUUGUCGAUGUACUGAAUUCACAAUAUCGAACGAUGACAUUAAUCUCGUUGGCAAUUACUUGUAUGAUUUUAAGUUUGGGUGGAAUUCAAUUCGUAUAUGUGUUGGGUCAAUUAGAUAAUGUAAUAAAAAAUGGUGUAGUAAUCUCAGGUAUGUUACUGCAAUUCAUGCUCCUCUGUUAUCCUGGUCAAAAGUUAUUAGAUGAGAGUCAAAAAGUGUUCUACAAAAUAUACGCCGUAGAAUGGUAUGCAUUCCCAUUGAAAUUAAAAUCGCUGUUGAUUAUAACUCUACAGAGAAGUUCUAUAUCUUGCGGUUUAACAGCUGGUAACUUAUUUUCAUUGUCAAUGGUGACAUAUGGUACAGUAAGUACUAGAAUCUUAAAUUUUGUACUUGCGAUGUACAGAAAGCAACUUAUAUUUACCUUCCUGUUCUAUUUAAGAUGGUGCAAGCAGGCAUAUCUUAUUUCAUGACAUUUUUAUCAUUGAAAGAUAGUUAAUUCCACAAACAUUUUAUGGAAUUGUUUUAGUGUCGCUAAACCUUACGUAAUCUUAACGUAAUCUUUGAGACAUAGUAGUCAUUAGUAACUGCUUAGAUUUCGUCUAUCGUUAGCACUUUAAAAUUUACAUUUGCAAUCACAUUUGCACGACUCAGUCUUGCAAUUCAUGUUAAUAAUUGUGAGCGUAAAAGAAGCAUCUGAUCAAUAAAAUAAUAAGGGUAGCAAA